AUGCUGGGAUUGACCCUCAAUGGGAUCCGGAACUUACAUUCUUGGGACCAUGCCUGGUCGGUCCGGAAAGGCUCUGGCAAGGUCGAGGGGUGCGCGCGCAGCAGUCCCGGUGGGUGUGUGCUCCAGGCUGGCAUGUCGCGGUCUGCCAAUCUGUUACUACGACAGAAUGGCUUCAGCGAAGACGUCUGCUCUUCGGUGAAGUCCUCGCAAUUUGCACUCCUGGCGUGGAUUUUCAAUCCUUUCGGCUACACGGAAUUGAGGCCUAGCGAUCGGAAUAAUCUUUUGACACCGGCCCACGCUGGUGACAUUGAGGUGACCCAUUGGAGCACGGCAGGCAGCUCCAAUCCGUUCUACGCGAUUUUCAAGGGAAGUAAGAAGAUCGUGGUGGAUGUUCACUGGGAGGGCGGCGCCGUAAGCGAGUUGAGGGUUCCAGUCGGUGCAGACACCAUUGCGGCUCUGCGCUCGACCGUUUCGGAGAGGGAGCAGCUAGCCUGGGUCACAAAUAUGACCGAAGCGUUUAUCAGUGAGACCGUCGCUUCCCACAAAGAGUACAUGGCCACCGAGCGAUUGACCAUCUGGGCAGGGGAGCAGGCAGAAUUUGUGGAGAUGUAUGACAGUUUGCCUGAGUCCAUGCAAUGA